AUGGUCCGACACUACAAUUUCGGCGUGGAGAUCGAAGCUGUCGCCAAACCGUACGGCGGUGCCGAAUCCUUCUCAAACGUCGACUGGUACCGCCAGCUGGCCCAGAAGCUUCGCAACCGGGGCAUCCAGGCUGUUCACGACGACAACUCGCGAUACAGUAAACAUCCCGAGUACUACGGUGGCAAGUGGUUCGUAACCCGCGAUGGAUCCCUCAAGCGCGAGCGUCCACUAGUAUGCAUGGAGGUCGUGUCUCCCAAAUUGAACACGCAGAUGCAUCUCGCCACGACCCUCGCAGACUUCUGGGAAGCCAUGCGCGUGCACUUCAACCCGCAAAAGGACGUAUCUUGCGGUGGCCAUGUCCACGUGACACCCAUGUCGCUGAACUCCAAGUUCUCCUUCCGCUCCCUGCGGCGGAUCGCCUUUGCGACCAUUGUCUACCAGGACUACGUCGCGGCCAUCCUCCCCCAGGCCCGGCGGGAGAACAAGUACUGCGUGCCAAACUCGCGAAGCCUGGACUCGGGAUUGAACGACACCCUGGCCCUCUUUGGCGGACAGCUGUCGGGCGCGGCACUGCAAAAGAUUGCGGCGGAGAUCAAGAGCAAGACCAACGAGACGGAGCUGUGGUUCUACAUGCAAGGGAACCGCUACGUCCUGUGGAAUUUCCAGAACAUCUUUCCCAAUCCCAAGACAGGCCGCUGCACGGGGACCGUCGAGUUUCGCGGCGGGAACCAAUUCCUCAACACCAAGGGCACGCUUGCGUGGGUCGCCUUUGUGCUUGGCUUCGUCACGCUGGCUUCGCAGGAAGAUCUGUUGAAUAAAUUCACGGCCGGUGCCUAUGUGGGUGCUGGUGAUGAGAAGUUUGGGAAAAGCGUCGAGGAGUGGUGGAAGCGAAUCCGACGGGCAGCGAGGAAAAGCAGGCUCAGCAGAUAUCUCCCCGAGGAGCACGCCAAGAUGAAAUCGAGGUAG